AUGACCAUAACUGGUCUUUAUCUUUAAAAACUCAGAACAGACUGCAAGAAUGGCCUUCAACAAAUUCAUGCACCCUCGUAAUCGCUACAAGGACAACAAACCAAACUUUGACGAGCUGGCCGAGAAGUACCCGGAGUUUGCCCGUCAUGUGAUCAGAAACCAGGCUGGCAAAGCGACCCUGGACUUCCAUGACUCAGAGUCUCUGAGGUCCCUGACGUGCACGCUACUGAAGGAGGAUUUUGGACUCGAGGUUGAGCUGCCGCUGGAUCGUCUCAUCCCCACCCUGUCACUAAGACUCAAUUACAUUCACUGGAUAGAGGAUCUCUUAGCAUCAACGGGCCAUGGCAAAGAGACAGUGUGGGGCAUUGACACUGGUUGUGGUGCAUCUUGUAUCUAUCCAUUGCUCGGGGCUCAGAUGAAUGGAUGGAAUUUCCUUGCAUCUGAGGUAGAUGCAUUAGCCAUUUACUACGCCAAGGAAAACAUCACACGCAAUGGACUUGAUGACAAAAUAACAGUCGUGGAGACCUUAGAAGACAGCAUGUUCGAACAGGCAUUGAACAGCGCCCCCUCUAGGCAGCCUCUCUACCACUUCACCAUGUGCAACCCGCCCUUCUUCGGCAACUCUCUGGAGGCACAGGGGAUCAUGACGUCUCGCAGCAUGAGCCGACCGGAGCCCAAGUCAGUCAGCACCGCUGCAGAGCUGGAGAUGAUCUCGGAGGGAGGCGAGGUGGAGUUUGUCCGCAGAAUGAUCGAAGAGAGUCUGCAUCUCAAGAAUCAAGUUGUUUGGUACACCUCCAUGCUUGGGAAGAAAUCCAGUCUGGCCCUUGUGCGAGAGGAGCUCAGGAAACACAAGAUCAGGAACGUGACACAUACAGAGUUUUGCCAGGGUAGAACAAUGCGCUGGGGUAUUGCAUGGACGUUCAAGGAAGAUAUGGAAUCACCGCUUCUAGCAUGCCCGAAAAGAAAAUUAGCUGAGAAGAAUGUUCCUUUCACCGUCACAGUCCCAGAUACUUACAUCAAGCGAGUGUUGGAGCCUGGACUGAGUGGAGGGUUACAAAACAGGAUCCAGUCUGUAGCUAAGGCUGUACAUACCAUGAUGCAGGGGCUAGAGAUGUCUGUGAAUAGGAAGCCAUCAUCAAAGUGGUGUCCCAAGUUUGUUCUUACUGCCUCAAGGAACACCUGGUCAUAUCAACGCAGGAAACGACGCAGAGAGAAACUCAUCCAAAGGAAAUCUUCAGUCUGCCCAAAGGCCACAGCACAAACUCCUUCACCAGGAGAGUCUUCAUCAUUGUCAUCAUCAUCAUUAGCAGCAGUCCCCUCAUCUUCCAAGGUGGUGGCAGGGGAGGAGAGACUUGGUCAGGAUGCACCAAGCCGCAAGGACACUUUCCCUUCAUCGUCAGCAUCAUCAUCAUUUAAAGAGGAUGAGCGUAUCCAGAGAGCGACGUCUGGUCUUCUGGGUGUGGUCCCAUCAUCUUCUUCAUCUCCGAGAGCAAGCACCACUGCCACUUCAGAGGAUGGCAGGAUAUUGAAAAAGGCUAGGCUUGAUACAUCUUAUCCCCCAGGAGAUCCCAGCACAUCGACAGCCACACGUUCUGAGAAGCUCCCAACUCCUGCACCCACCCUUAGCACCAACAUCUCAAAGGCAUCAUGUAAGACAACCCUAGAGUCAACAUGUUCAUUGCAUGAAAACACUUUUGCUACAGCAAGUCAUGAUAGUGCCGUUGGAAGGCUUGGAGAUAAAAUUGAAGUUCCUGCAUCAUCUCAAGGAAAGACAGACCUCGCAGACAACAUUGUGUCAAGGCAACCUACUGAAGCAGGACAAACGAUGACCGAUGUCACCAGAUACAAGGACCAAUCAUCAUCAUCAUCAGAUGAAGCUGAUGAUGGCUUCCCACUGGACAUAAACCUUGAUAUUAAACUAUGUGACAGAAGGACCAUCGUAUUCGUUGCAAGUGUAGCGGACUCCUCCAAAAAGAAUCUCCUUUACCAGGUCGUCCAAUACAUCAAGAACCAAAUGAAAUAAAGCAACUCUUAGGCAAACUAAAUUUGUCGAGGAUUAUAUGUACAUCAUCUAUUUUGUUCAUCGACAUAUCUUUUGAAAGUGUUUUU